GGCAACCACACAGGCACGCGCACACAGGAAAGGGCGCGCGUCCCCGCGCUGUGCGCUGAGAGGCUUCCUGAUAGACGUGAGCCUUCAGCGGCUCUUUGAACAGCUGCUCUUCUUCUUCGCUCCUGAUUCUGGCAGACCCCUCCAGGAUGUGUGAUGUGGACACGUCCUCAGAGCCCACCAGUCCCACGCUGUCCACCGAGUCCUCAGACCAGUGCUACCAUGUGGACCGCUGGCAGAAGCUCCGCACAGCUGUGCGUAAACUGGAGUUCUGGGAAAACUUCAGUGCUGAACCAAUUGGGAGCGGAUUCUUCUCCAGAGUCUAUAAGGUGACCCACAGCGGGACGAGGAAGGUGAUGGUGGUGAAGAUCUACAAAAACGAUGUAGACCAAGACAGCAUCGUGAGAGAGAUCAGCCUCCUGCAGAAGCUCUCACACCCAAAUGUUGUCAGAUAUCUGGGCAUCUGUGUGAAAGAAGACAAGCUGUACCCGAUCUUAGAGUACGUCAGCGGUGGCUGUUUGGAGGAGCUACUGGCCAGGAAAGACCUUCUGCUCAGCUGGAGAGAUAAGGUGGACCUGGCUUGUGAUAUAAGCAGAGGAAUGAUCUACCUACACUACAAGAACAUUUACCACAGAGAUCUGAACUCCAAGAACUGUCUGAUCCGGGUGACGCCUCGCGGUCGGGAAGCUCUGGUGACGGAUUUUGGGCUGGCGAGGGAGGUGGUGGAGCCGCCUGUGAAGGACCCUGGCAGGAAGCUGUCGUUGGUGGGCUCAGCCUUCUGGAUGGCUCCUGAGAUGCUCAGAGGAGAGCCCUACGACCGCAAGGUGGACGUUUUCUCCUUCGGGAUUCUUCUCUGUGAAAUCUUUGCCAGGAUCCCAGCAGACCCAGAGGUCCUCCCCAGAACCCAGGACUACGGGCUGGAUGUGGAGGCCUUCAGCAGGAUGGUUCCUGACUGCCCUCAGCGCCUCCUGCAGGUGGCAGCCAGCUGCUGCAUGGUGGAGUCCUUCCGGCGCCCGGCGUUCACAGAGAUACUGGACCAGCUGGGCGUAGCAGGCGAGGACCUGGAGCCGCCAUCAGAGCCGGAGCUAACGGCGAGCUGAGCGGCGUUUGUUCAGCUGCCAGGAUCAUUGAUGACUAUGUGGACAGGAAGCCGGGAUGAUCAGGAGUUCCUAGAUCCGCCCUGAGCAUCGACGCGCCGCCUGCUCUCUGCUUCUCGCUGUAUGUCGGGUUAUCAGAACACGUUUUGGCAGCACCUGGAUGAGCAGUUACACCCGCAGGGAAAUAGAUCUGCUUCAAUCAGACGUCUGAUCCUUUAGCUGCUGUCACGUCUCUGGAACCAAUGAUCCGAUCUGCUGUUUCCGUCUUUGUCUCUAAUUGUCUGCCUGCAAACACAACCUCUGUCCAGAUGUUCCCUCACAGCUUUAGACGUAAAACGCUUCACACCAAUGAGAAACCAGAGAAACCUUUGCUUUCUUUUUUCAUUUGUAAACUCCAGAGUUACUGAGAGGAUCCAGGACAUUUCUUCUCCAUCCGCACUGAGACGAUGAAAACAUUAGAUGAAUGAUUUCAGGAUUGUUCCAUCAUUGAAUGAAUCCUUUGAAAGCACAUUUCUCCAUAUUCUUCCUUUGUGGAUUGAAAGUUUUCCCAGAGGAAAGUCUAAAAUGAGGUCUCCUAGGCAACCAUGACACCAAAACCAGACAAAGGUUCAUUUCUCCUGCGUCUGCGUUUUUUUCUCUUGAUUUAUUCUCCUUUCAUAAAAGAUUUCAACCAGCUGUAAUAAAUUGUUGUGUCUCUUUGAAAUCAGAGAAAUCUCUUUGAAAUCAGAGAAAUCUUUAAAA